UUUGUGAAGGACGUCACAUGAAGCCAUGAACACAAGGGUGCCUGAAACAAAAGACGGUUAGUUUUUUUUCUGUGCUAAAGAGAUAACAUAGAGUACAGCAAAGCCAUCAACACUGCAGCACCACAUUUAUUUCCCCAUUCUUAGAGAUGGUCAUUGGAUGCAACAGUCCGAAACGUCAUAUUUUGGCCUGAAACUGAAGAGGGAAAACUUUGAACCAUGGGAGACUGCUUCAAGAGGAAACAAGGUCUGUACAUUUUGCUUUUUCUUUGUGUUCCUGCAGCACUGAGUAUUUCAAUUCACUAUUCUGUGCCUGAAGAAAAGAAAAGUGGGUCUUUGGUGGCUAAUGUAGUGAAAGACUUGAAGCUGGGAACCAGGGAGCUCUCUGUUCGCAGAGCCCAGCUAGUGUCCAAAAGCACUAAGCAGUAUUUCCACCUUGAUACCCACUCUGGGAAUCUGUUGAUAAAUGAUAAAAUAGACCGAGAGGCUUUGUGUGGCCAGAUUGAUCCUUGCUUAUUACUGUCUGAAAUUGUGCUCCAAAGCCCCUUAAAGAUCUACAGUAUUGAAAUCAAGAUAGAAGACAUAAAUGACAACACUCCCAAAUUCUCUAAAAAUGAAUUUGAACUGGACAUUCCUGAAAUAGUUUCUACAAAUAUGCAUUUCCCCUUGGAAUCUGCGCAAGAUGAGGACCUAGGGAAAAAUGGCAUCCAAAACUACACCCUCAGUUCCAACGAGCAUUUCCAGCUUGAUGUUAAAAGCAAUGAGGGUGGGAGCAAGUAUGUGGAUCUUGUUCUUGAGAAACCACUAGACAGAGAGAAGGAGCCAAACUUUGGAUUGACUCUCACAGCUGUUGAUGGAGGGGUGCCACAGAGAACGGGCACAGUUCAAAUAAAUAUUAAUGUUUUGGACAUUAAUGAUAAUUCUCCUCAGUUUACUCAGUCUGAAUACAAAGUAAGAUUGAAGGAAAACAGCCCACGGGACACUCUGGUCUCCAAAGUGGAAGCCACAGAUUUGGAUUCUGGUUCAAAUGCGCAGAUUACCUACUCAUUCCACCGGGUGCCUGAAAAAAUAUACAAUUUGUUUCAUUUAAAUGAAAUCACUGGAGAAAUCACUGUUUUGGGACAAAUUGAUUAUGAAGAAGAAAACAGUUAUGACAUCAAUAUCAGAGCAACAGAUGGAGGGGGUCUUGCAGGAUACUGCAAGGUCCUGGUCGACGUUGAGGACGUGAAUGACAAUGCCCCAGAUGUGUCAAUCAUAUCCAUCACCAGCCCUUUACCAGAGGAUUCUCCCUUAGAGACACUUGUUGCCCUGUUCAGUGUCACAGACAGAGACUCUGGGGACAAUGGAAGAACAGUUUGCUCCGUGGACAUAAAUCUUCCCUUUGUGUUAAAACCCACAGUGAAUAACUAUUACCAACUUGUGAUCCAAAGUCCCCUGGACAGAGAGAAAAUCACGGAGUAUAAUAUCACCACCAUAGUUAUUGAUAGGGGCUCUCCAAGGCUCACUUCAACAAGAAUUAUUAAUGUUCAGAUCUCAGAUGUCAAUGACAACCCUCCAGUAUUUGAAAAGUCUGCAUCUGAAAUACAAAUACAGGAAAAUAAUAUCCCCGGAUUGCUGAUUGGCUCAGUCCAUGCUGCUGAUCUGGACACAGAGCGGAAUGCCAAACUCACCUACUCACUUUUGCCUGGGAAGGUUGGUGAUGGCCCUGUGGCCUCAUACAUCUCAGUCAACUCUGCAACUGGAAAUUUGUAUGCCCUCAGAUCUCUGGAUUAUGAGCUGAUCAAGGAUUUCAAAGUGACAGUGAGGGCUACAGAUGGCGGGUCUCCUCCUUUGACCUCAGAAGUUAUUGUCAGAUUUGUUGUCACAGAUGAAAAUGAUAACGCUCCCUUCUUCCUCUACCCCCUUCAGAACAGUACAUCUCCCUGCAAUGAGCUGGUCCCCAAGUCAGCAGAGGCCGGUUACCUGGUGACCAAGGUGGUGGCUGUGGAUGGAGAUUCUGGUCAGAACUCCUGGCUUUCCUAUGAGUUGCUGAAGGCCACAGACCCUGGCCUAUUCAGUAUAGGAGCCCAGAAUGGAGAAGUGAGAACCAGGAGGCCCCUGAAUGAGCGAGACACAAGCAAGCAGAGACUCAUGAUAGUGGUGCGAGACAAUGGGCUCCCUCCCCAGACCAGCACUGCAAUGCUCAAUGUCCUUCCAGUGGAUGGCUUUUCAGAUCCUUACAUGAAGGCUGUGGAGGUUAGUAACCAAGAACAUGAAGAAGAUGGAACCUUGACCUUGUAUCUGGUGAUCUGCCUGGCUGCAGUCUCCUUUGUGUUCCUAGUUUGCAUUGUUUCAUUUGUUGUUAUCAAGAUCUACAAGAAGGAUCCCAGGGGAAAUUUUAUCGCCGCACCUCCUCACUUCCCACCUGCCAGGCCUGAUAUUCCAGAAAACUGCACCGAUUCUCAGAGUGGGUCACUUUCCAGGAGUUACCACUAUGAUGUUUGCUUAACUGGUGGGUCCUUAAGCAGUGAGUUCAGAUUUCUCAGGCCCCUCAUUCCUGUUUUUUCUGUCGGGGACCCAAACAUCUCUGUGAACCACAGGAUGCCUUCUGGUUCCCAAGAUAUUCCUGAGCAGGUGGGAGAAAAAGAAGCAGAGGAAAAGGGUAGAGCAUCUCUUUCUGAAGACUCGGCUCCCAGAUCUGGAGCCCCAGGUUGCACUGUUAAUCAGGCAACUGGGGCAAAUGUGAACAGUGACUGGCUUUCCUAUCAGUAGAUGAGGAUAACCAACUCUGCCCAUCAUUCUGUCUCUGAGGACCAAUAAUCAAAAGCUCAAGGAUCAUGCAAGAAACUAACCCCCGGCCUGAAAAGAAUGGGUCUUCUGCCUAAAAGAAAAUAUUUUGAAUCACUCUUGUGCAAGCCAAAUGGAAAUGAACAGGAAUGCUCUAGUGCUGUUCCCAUUCAUUUCAAUAGGGCUUGUUUAAGACAACUUGUAGGUGGAUUGUGCCCAUACACUUACCUGGUAUAAAAUUAUAUUUCUGCUUUGUAGGGUUUUGCAGUAGCAUACUGCUCUUUUGGUCUAGCUUGUUAAGGAAAUGUAGGUGACUUUGUUGCAUGCUUAUUGUUGUGAUGCUUCCUUAAGUUUCCUUAGGCUAUUUUUGCUGCUUUAAAAUAUUUUCGAUGGUUAGCAGUCUCUCAGAAAUUCUAAUUGCUGAUUGUAAUGCAGCUGUUACUAGUAUCCUGUACCUUCCUUGAAAGACUUAGCAAGAUAAGUAUAUGAAUAUGUCCAGUAACAAAAAAGAGCAUGCACACAAUUCACUGGGAAGUAGAAAGGAGCAGGAGCUUUGUAUGAGAAUAUUUCUCCCAUUUAUGUCACUGGAGCUUGCAAAUGGGACUUCCAUUUCUCAGUGGAUUUACACAUUAUUUUCUAGUCAUAUUUAGUCUGUAUGUGCACUUUCCUGUCUAAAUGCUCAAUGCUACCAUUGUCUGUUAUAGUUGUGCUAGUAAUUUUUCUUUCAUUGGCCGAGUUUGCACGUAAUGUUAAACCAUGGUUAACACUGACCAUAGUUAAUGUUAACCAUAGUUAAUUAAUCAUAGUUAAAGCCUAGGUCUCUAACAGGCAAUCACUUAAACCUUGCUUUGUUACAUCACGGAAUAGUUAAAAACACAAGAACAGAGCAGAUUGAAUUUUUUGCCACUCUACACUCACAACUCUGUAGCUUUUGGGUGGUGACGGCUCCUUUCCAGAUUCACACAUAACACUAUGCUAUGGUUAAUGCUAAGAUUUAUAAAUCUUGGUUAAUGAACCAUAGUUAAGCUGCUAGGCUGGGUUCAAACAUAAUGGUAAGCCAUGGUUUAAUAAACCAGACUAUAGUAUCCAUGUAUGUGCACAUAUAUACACAUACAUGUAUGCUCACACAUACAGGCACACACAUUUUCACUGAAAUUUAACAAUUCCUGUUUUCCUGUAAAUUACCCCAACUCAUGCUGAGAAAAGUGUUGCAAGCUAAUCAAUACUCCUUUGCAACAAUUAAAGAAUGAAACAUACUAUAUUUGAAAAGAACACUUUGUCCACUUAUUUUAAGUUAAUGUGCUAAAUCACAUUCUUUACAGCUGCCCUUUAAUGUUGGUUUAUUUAUGGUGCUUGAACUACUCCAGUGGUAACUAAAGGAUUUAACACCAAAUUGAAUCUGAUCUCAUCUUUAUUCUCUACAGUGAAGGGGACAGGUCAGUGGUAAAUCUAGCUCCACCCCUAUGAUAAACUGCUACUGUAAACACUUUAAAAAAAAAUGGAAGACUGUAAGAGUGUGGGUUCACAGUUAUGUGGUUAUGUAGUUGUGCAGUUUGGAGUAGAAUUUUCUGUGAACCUGUGUGUUUUGGGAAUAGUACUAUAUUCUGACAAUGAAAAUUUCACAAGGGCAUUUUGAAGUCUAUGAAUGAAAGAAAGUAGCAAGUAGUGUAGUGAAAUAAGAGGUUAGAUAGGAAAGAGUGCAAUUUAUUUACAAAUGAAAUCAGCAGGAAAACCUGCUAGUUUUAGGAUGUAGAAUGCACAUGUUAUUGUUUAUGUAUUGCCAUUGUCAUCUUUUCAUUAUAAGAAAAUAAAAAAGAUGCAGUGUACUUUUACAUAUUGU